AAAGUUCGGAGAAGUAACCCGGUCAUUGUUGACUUUUUUCUCGCAGUAUGAGUGAAAAGCUUCAGCUUUUAUUCAAGCUAAACAUAAAAGCCCAUUCUUCUAUCAUAUCGCUGUAUAAUACCACGCUUCAUCAGUCAAUCAUGAAAAAUUCAUAACUGAGUACAAGUCAUGUAGGCCUAUACAGGAUCUAUAUGGGUAUAGCAAGUCAGGUGGAGGGUAAAUGUUCUUCUUCUUGGAACCAACUAGCUGACUGAGGAAAUGUCUAGUUUAUUGGAUGAGACUUUCUAAAGGUAUAUCAGAUAUUUCUCGUUCAAAAUGGUGGAAGGUUCCGAAACAGCAGACAAAUGGCGCUACGUGGUUGCUUUAGGAAAGUUUGUUAUACAUCUGAUCUUCCCGGGUAUGACAAAAGCUUUGUCUGUCCUCGUUCCUGCCAUGGUCUUCCAGCUCCAGGUUGAUUACACUACGGUGGGAUUUCUAGUUCCAAUGCAGUAUGGCGUCCUCUACGUUGCCUGUCCGCUGAGUAAUUAUUUGGCGACGAAGUUUGGCCAUCGUUGUGUCUCAUCAAUCGGCGGAUUCUUGUCAGGAGUUUCUAUGAUAGGGGCCUUCUUCAGUCAGUCAGCAAUGACUCUCGGAUGCUCAUUCUUCUUUACAGGUCUCUUUUCGUCACCGUUACGUCAGAGUUCAACUGUCAUGUUGCGUGAACACUUUGGGGAAAAGUAUGGGAUGGCCAUGACCUUCUCACAAAUGGGAGGCCAGAUUGGAGGUAUCAUUUUACCUUAUAUAACUGCGCAGUGUCUGGACGCAUAUGGCAUGAGGGGAGCCCUACUCUGUUUAAGUGGUAUCUUUUUCUACCACGCAGCGAUUGGAGCCACUUUCAGAGCCCCUCGGUUACCUAAAGUCAAAGAAAAGAAGGACAUCGAGGGAUCGACUCUACUACAAGGUCAAGAAGAUGAAACCUAUCUUCGAGGGAACAACCUUCGACCUGACGGUGAAAGUCUCAGUACUUACGUGAAUUCCAGCGAUGAAUGUUGGAUGCCAAAAGAUGGAGAACCUCAGAAAUCCAAUUCGACAAGAAACUUGAUAGAAAAUGUUUUAUCAUGGAUUUUACCUGUGGAUUUUCUGAGAGAGGAACGCGUCUUCAUCUUUCUUUAUAUUCCCUGUCAUAUUCUUAACGAAAUAAGUUUCUUCACUUGGUUAAUAUUCUCCCCAUCGUAUGGAGUGUCAGUUCGUCUCCAUGAGAAGGAAGCAGUGUAUCUCCCAAUUGUUGGUUCUUUAGGCGGAUUCGUAGGCCGCCUGGUUCUCAUAGGAAUUCUGUACAAACAUCCACACCUAGCACCUCACGCGUUUUCAGUCAACGCAGCAGUAUCAUCCGUUGCAAUGUUCGCCCAUCCUAUUAGCUCAUCCUUGGUUCAUCUCCUGAUCUGUUCCUUUUUCGCAGGGUUCGGGUUUUAUGGUCUCUCUUCUUCCUACUACGCUACUUUAGCUUUGAGGUUAAAGAAGGAUAACUUCCCCAUUGCCUCUGCGAUCACUUUUAUGACGAGUGGAGUCGUGCUUCUUCUAUCUGGAACACUUGCAGGUCUGUUCUAUGAGCACUUCGGGUCUUUUAAAACCAUCUUCAUAGCGAUGGGGGUGUUUUCCGUGAUAAGUUGCGGAGUGUUUUCUAGCUACUUCUUCGUUGACGCAAGAUUAAAACGACGCUCCUCCACGGAGAUGGCGGGAUGACGUCACUGGGAGUAAACAUCCGAACAGCGAUAGUGCUACCGGCGCGCCGCGGCGUACAUAGAGUGGGAGAUCGGGGACACGCACAUCGGGAUUUCCAAGACCAAGAAGAAGAAGAAGGAAAAAAAAACAAAGGGAAGGAAAGGGAGGUAUGAUAUUUUUUCUUGAUAUAUCAUGUCACAAUCUAUCACCAAAUCAGAUUUUUUUUCUAAAAAGGCCAACAUAUUUGAUCGGUCGCAAUACAGUACGUCAUUUUAAGAUGUUAUGGAAAAAAAUAAAACGCUGUUAUUUUAACCGUCGGUAUUCCACAGGUGUAUAGUAUUAGGCCCGGAUUCAUUUUUAAAAUGAUAUUGUUCAAUGCAUUUCGACUGCUGUUUGAUAUAUUUUUGCUGAUGAUGUUAUUGAGUACCUACAUUAACAUUUCUGAUUCUAAAUUAAGUAAGAUUUAAAGCGAUUUACAAAUAUGUUUACAUGAAAUUGAUAAGUGGUAUAAUGAUAAUUGUUUAAAGAUUAAUACUACUAAAACAGAUAUUAUGCUUAUUUCAACUCGUUAU